GUGCCUAUCAAUAGUCCUAUCAAUAAUGGAGACAUAGAGCUAUAGGGGCGUAUAGAGAGAGGGAGAAAGAGAGAGAGAGAGAGAGCGUGUGAGAGAGAUAGGGACGAGCCUGAGUCUCUUUCUUGUUUUCCUCGCUCGACGUUUAAAUGCUAGCUGGAUAGGAUAUCACUCUAUCAUUCUACUCUACUACAUGGCACACACUCACUCAAACAUACUUACCAUGGUGCAUAUAUGAUUGCGUAUGCAAAUACUCGUACCGGCCUAUCAGAUAUCAAUUCACCCCUUCUUCUCUUUACUCCUACCUCUGGGUCUAUUUUGUCAACUGGUCGAUUUGUUAACCACCACUAAAUUGGCACCAAUUGACCGCAUUGCCGGCGCGUGGCGACGAAUCAUCAAACUAGGCCCCCGGCUAGCUUCCAGGCUUCUAACCUUCCCGACAUUCUAACCUAGUGCAGGCCAGCCUGGUGGAUCGUACCCCUAGCACUGAGUUGCCUGGAUCUACCUGAUCUACUUGAAUCUGCCUACCUUUCUGCUUCAUCAAUAUCUUCUCUCUAGCUUUUCUUGCUCCCGAUUCCUUCUCCCUUCUCCCUCCUCAAGCCGGCGUUUCCUUCGUUUCGAGUAUUUUUUUUUUCUUACUCGUUCGCCAUGAGGUCCCUUUCACUUAUCGCUACCGUCUCCGUAGCGGUUAUUACGGCGGCGGCGGCGGCGGCGGCGGCUGCCGAUACUAAUUCCCAGAAAGUCAUCCCCGUCAGCUUUGGCAGAUCAACCACUAAGCAGCCUGCUCUUCGUAGACGCGUUGGCACUUAUUCACAAGAGCUGAACAACAACUUGACUGGUGGCGGUUACUACGCUCAAGUUACCGUGGGAACUCCACCCCAAACUGUUGACUUAGUUGUCGAUACCGGGAGUAGCGACGUCUGGAUAUUAGAUAGCCGCGCGGACCUCUGCGGGUCUAAAAAAAAGCAGAAUUACUACAGAUAUUGUCUGUCGACGUACGAUCCUUCUAAGAGCUCGACCUACUCCGUUGUUUCUCGGAAUGACUUCAGCAUCCGCUAUGUCGACGGUUCAGGGGCUGAGGGCGACUAUAUUCGGGAUACCUUCAGCAUCGGCGGUGCCAAUAUUGAGCAUUUGCAGAUGGGCCUUGCCGAGAAUUCCACCAUCAACUCUGGACUCUUAGGUAUAGGGUUUGCUGCCAAUGUUGCUGCUCUGACGCCGUAUCCAAACAUUAUGAAUUUGUUCCAAGAUCAAGAUCUGAUCGCCAUUCAAGCUUAUAGCUUGUAUUUAGAUGAUUUAUACGCCGAGACUGGAACAAUCUUAUUUGGUGGUUUGGAUACCCAGAAGUUCAUUGGAAAGCUUAAAACCGUCGACAUUGAACCUGAUCGGUCCGGCAAUUAUUCAUCCUUCACUGUCACACUGUCGUCUUUGACCACGACCGCCGAUAAUGGCACUGUGACUAACUACACCCGAUCUGUUGUCCCGGUUAUACUUGACUCAGGUACUACUUUGACCUACGUCCCCUACACCGUGGCGAACCGCAUCUAUCGUGCCUUCGGUGCCGUAGAUGACACGUCUAGAACUGGCCUUGUCUACAUCAACUGCGAGCAUCUAAACAACAAGAAUUUCACAUUUGAUUUCCAAUUUGGCGGCAAGGAUGGCCCUAUCAUCCGAGUCCCCAUUGAUGAAAUGAUUCUAGAUAAUGUCAAGGCAUAUAUUGAACUGGGACUAGAUGUGCCGUCUCUACCUUUCGAUAAUGUGUGCAGUUUUGGCCUUCAGGGGAGUGCGGAAUAUUAUCUACUGGGUGACACGUUCCUACGUUCUGCCUACGUAGUCUAUGAUCUCACCAACAAGGAGAUCGGACUGGCCCAGGCAAAUCUUAAUAGUACUGAGAGCAAAAUCGUGGAGAUCACCGAAUCCGGUAUCCCCGACGCCAGCGGGGUCGCGUCCCAGGUCAGCGCAACGCAGACAGCCACAGGAGUGCCCGGUACUCAAUCGCCUACCGGGACCUCUUCAGCCACACCUGGUAGUCAGAGCAGCGAGGGAGCUAGUUCUAAAGUUGUGCCUGUGCCAAGUUGGGAGGCUCUAGUUGUAGCCUGUGUAGCAAGUCUAGGUGGCUUUAUGGGUACUGGGUUGAUCGUGUUAUAGAUUGAGGAAUUAACUAUCGCAGUAUGGCAACACACAACUUAACCUACAAGGACGUGGUUAGGGGACAAGAAGCUGGACGAGUGUGGACCGAUCGAAGUCAUGAUACCCAGGAGAUGUAUGGAAACAUAAGGGUUCACAUUGUAUUAUAGGCUUUCCUGUGUACUCUCGAACGAGUAUUUUCCUGGUUUUGUCUUUUUCUGUCUCUUACCUUGGCCCUUUACAGUAUUUAAGUCGAUAGGGCGAACUUUUUCCGUAUAUAAUUUUGGGCUGGGUAAUGCAAUAUAUAUUAAUUGAUCAGAGCGCAAUAUGACUCCUA